CAAUGAGGAAGAGUAAAAGGGUUGUCCCGACCACGCUUGGGAAUACGGAGGAUAGCAUUAACCUGGACGACUCCUCAAUGAACCUGAAGAAGGAGUUUUCAGCCCUGAAGCCUCAUUACGGGAGGAAUGAGAGUGGGAGAGAGCUGGGACAGGAAUUUGGAGGGGAUAGUAGGUUUGGAGAAAGGAUCGUGACUGAAACAGCAAGCAGGAUUAGUCCACAACUCCGGAGAGGAAAAAGUCGUAUGUUUCAACCUACUAAGAGAUCACGGUCUACUAUCCCGAUAGUUCUCCUCAGAAGACAAGAAACUAAGAGAGAAGCCUUAAAAUAUUUAAGAACUAUGGAUGAUGCGCAUAUUACUUACAAGAAAAACCCUAAUAGAUAUGCUAGACCUGUAAAUGACUCAAGAAAGAGAUAUCACUUCAGCCACAUGUGAUCUCUUUUGUUAUCCUUUAUUAGUACCGGAAUAUUUAUAGUAGAGCAUGAGAUAUACCUGUCAUAUGGAAGGGAAGCUCAUAAAUCAGAACGAUUCCUUCUCCUCUGCCUUGCCUGGAGUGUGAACAUUCUACUAUGCCUCAAUAUAUGGCUUUCAUAUACACUUUAUGUAGAUUUAUUAAAGAAUGAAUGGGUAAUGUACACACUGGAUAGCUUAUCCAGCUCAGGCUUGCUCAAAUCUAUGCUGAUCGAGGUUCUCAUAAAUUUGAUCUGUCCUUACCCUUUCUUCUGGGAGACCUAUUACAGUGACUUCUACCAAGGAGGCUUUAAUAAAGUGAAGAUCUAUGCGAAUACACCUUUCCUUUGUGCAGCAAUCUUUAUAAGACUUUAAUA